GACAAUAUUACUACACUGCCUAUCGAAUAAAAAUGUCGUACAGAAACAUUGUUCUUGUUGGGGCGGCCGGAAAUAUCGGUCAGUCUAUACUGAAUGCCCUUGUGGCUUCUCCUACCAACCUUGAGAUUACGUUACUUGUCCGUGAGGAAUCGAAGUCGAUAAUUCCGCAGGCUAGCAUGCCUACAAUCACCAUUCUCAAAGGUGAUCUCAACGACCCUCAUUUCCUUAAGGGUACUUUGACUGGCCAAGAUGUCCUGAUCAUAGCAUUGAACUCGACACCAGCCAAUUUUGAGUUACAAAACAAGCUCAUCGAUAUUGCAGCAAAUCUAGGUGUGAAAAGGAUUAUCCCUAGUGACUUCGGUAGCGAUGUCACGAACAAUAAUAUAGUGAAGGCAGUUCCACCUUACCAGGCAAAACUUGAUGCUACGAAAUACUUGGAAAGGGUUGUUUUUGAUCACCCAGGCACAAGCUGGACGGCCGUCAUCAAUGGUCCGUUUUACGACUGGUGUUUGGAAAGAAACUUGUAUGGUUUCAAUCCCAAAGCGCGGACCGCUGUGCUAUACGACAAUGGAGUUGGCAAAUUUGACACCACAAGAUUGGUCACAGUCGGUCAGGUAGUUGCUAAAAUAAUUACCCAACCAGAGGAAUUUCGAAACAGCCAUGUCUACAUUUCAGAGUUCACAGUGUCCCAGAAUGACAUUUUCGACGUACUCUUGAGAAUCACCCGCACUAGGCAGGAGGACUGGGUGAUUGAGCACCGCACGGCGGAGUCAUUGAGACAACAAGGACUGGAGAAGCUGGAAAACAAUGAUUUUGGAGGCGUGUAUGACUUGAUUUUUGCUGCACUGCAUCAACCGGGACUGGGGUCUGAUUUCUCAGCGACUCGCAAGUUGGACAACCACCACUUGGGUUUGGAAAGAGGCAACUUGUUUGAAGUUACACGUGAUGUUGUUGAGAUGAUGUGAAUCCGUUCCUGUCUUUCAGGCUCCUCGGAGACAACUCUGUGUGACACGUCUCUCAUUGUCAGCUUGAGAAUUAAGUCUUUCGUGUCUUGCAGGUAGCUUGGGGUUACGAACUGGCAGUGGAGGUGGCCACACGCUGUCAAUCUAGUUUUUCUGCCAAUAGUAGAAAUUAACUGAUAAAAGUUCAGAAGGGCUUAUCACGAAGGAGGCAUGUCGUUUAUCCUUCUAUAAAUCAUUUCCACUUGAAAGGAAGCCGAAUGUAGGAAAGGUCAUUGCUUCCUAAAACCCCCCAGAUGAUACCAUAUCUCAUUGAGGAGCAUCAUCAUAGACAAUAUGCGCUUGAGAAACUCAUU